GAAGCAACAACUAUCUUCAUCCACAGUCAGCAUCAGGAGUCGCUGUUGACUAGUCAUACAUCGCACGUACUUCUCCCAGUUCUACAAAUAAAUCAGCAAAAUGGCGGACGAUGAGGCGAAAAAGAAGCUGGAUGAGGAAAAGAAGAAGAAGCAGGCCGAGAUUGAGCGCAAGAGGGCCGAAGUAAGGGCUCGCAUGGAGGAAGCCUCCAAGGCCAAGAAAGCCAAGAAGGGUUUCAUGACUCCUGAAAGAAAGAAGAAACUUAGGUUGUUGCUCAGAAAGAAGGCCGCUGAAGAACUUAAGAAGGAACAAGAAAGGAAAGCCGCUGAACGUAGGCGCAUCAUUGAAGAACGUUGUGGAAAGCCCAAGAUCAUCGACGACGCCAAUGAAGCUGAGCUCCAAACUAUUUGUCAAACUUAUUGGAACAGAAUUAAAGACCUUGAAGGGGAUAAAUUUGAUCUUGAGUGGAUCGAAAAGCUUAAAGCUUUCGAGAUCUCCGACCUCAACAGCCAAGUCAACGAUCUGAGAGGCAAAUUCGUUAAGCCAACCUUGAAGAAGGUUUCCAAAUACGAGAACAAAUUCGCCAAAUUGCAGAAGAAGGCCGCCGAAUUCAACUUCCGCAAUCAACUCAAGGUCGUCAAAAAGAAGGAGUUCACCCUUGAAGAAGAAGACAAGGAGAAGAAACCUGAAUGGUCCCAGAAGAAGGAGGACAAAAAGGUACAGGAAGCAGAGGCUUAAGUCUUCUAUUGAUAAGUUUAUUACGUGCAUAAGUUAUAUUUAUUAUUUGUUAACUCAAUUUUUGUCUCCUACUCAUUACCACUUUCUGAAUGAAGAUUCGGUCAUCCGGCCAAAAACCGGAUUUCCGAACAGCCUACAACAACUUAUUAACAAACUGUGAAUUGAGAAAACUGUUUACUAAAUGUUAUAUUUGUAAAGAGAUGAUAAUAAUUUAAAUAAGAAUAAUUUGAGAAAAGAAAUUCGUAUCACCCCUGUAA